UUCGUAUCUCUCUACUUGCUCCAAACAUAAAGAUUCACCUUCUUCUCUUUAGAGAUUACACCUUAUCCAACUAAGAGAAGCCAUUUUUACUCUUUUUUUAGGUCUCUUGAGUGAGUUGUGUAUUGAGCUUCAUCUCCUCCAAUGGCUUCCUUAUCAACCACUUCUCUAAGCUUCAAAGCUCCGUCCACCAGAAUCUCUCAGGUGUUGAGGAAAGGCUCAAGUUUUCAGUCUGUGGCCUUUGGUCGUUUCGCGUCUUCAACUUCAAAGACUAGCCUUCGUCUUCAAAUCAGUUGUGCAGCGAAAGCAGAGACGGUGCAGAAAGUGAGUGACAUUGUAAAGGAGCAAUUGGCUUUGACUGCGGACACUCCUCUCACUGCCGAAUCCAAGUUCACUGCUCUUGGUGCCGAUUCUCUCGACACCGUGGAGAUAGUGAUGGCGUUGGAGGAAAAGUUCAACAUAAGUGUGGAGGAAUCUGAUGCUCAAAACAUUACGACAAUCCAAGAGGCAGCUGAUUUGAUUGAGGACCUUGUUCAGAAGAAACCUGCGGCCUAAAACUCUCCCGGUUUAACAACAACCCACGGUACAUCGAACCGGCUAUCUUUUUAAUCUGACCUAUUCUUGGUCAUCAGAGCAUUUUAUUUUGGUAUACUAGACCGUUUGUUAUUAUUUUUUUUUUCUUUUGGAAGCUAAGAUUGGAUGUUGAUGAUGACAAAACUUUGGUACGUUGAGAUUGAUUCUUUGUGGUGAUUGGUCUAUUAUGGCGAAUUAAUAUAUAAAUGUGUUUUGUACCACUGACA